CUUCAUAAAGCAUGUUUCUCGUUCGCUACUGAGAAGUUGAUGUUUUGUGAGCGCUUUUUAUCACGAAAUUAUACCCAAAUAGCUUUAAAUUCAAAGCACAAAUUGUUGUGCCUUUGACGUCAGACAAAUAUCCACCAUGUCGUCGUUUAGGAAAGCUGCUAAGACAGCUCAAAAAACACACAGAGAGCGAUCUAAGCCAACGGAUCACCUUGGCUAUCUGGAGAAAAAGAAAGACUACAAAAAGCGAGCAAAUGACUACCAUUCAAAGCAGAACAGACUCAAAAAUCUUCAAAGAAAAGCCCUCAACAGAAAUCCAGAUGAAUUUUACUUCAAGAUGGUCAACUCAAAACUCCAGGAUGGAGUUCAUAAGUGGCAGAAGAAGGAAGAGGUGAUUACGAGGGAGCAGCAGUUGAUGAUGGAAACUCAGGAUAAGAGAUACGUCAAUCACAAACUCACUGUCGAAACAAAAAAAAUAGAGAAGUUAAAUUCCUCUCUGCAUUAUGUGCAAGAGUCAAUAGAAAAACCCAAGAAUAAGCACACCUUCUUUGUAGACUCCAAACAAGAAGUUGAAGAUUUUGAUAUAAAAGCCCAUCAGAGGACAUUCCAGUCAGAGGAUUCACCCCCUCUGGAGGACAGCAGUGAAUUCACACUGGAAGAGAUUCUAGACAUUGAGAAGAGCAGGAAGUACCGAGAGUUAAGACAGAGGAAAGACAGACAGAAACAACUGAAAAUCAUCGCUGGUAAAAUGCAGGCCAGGAGCAUCAAGAAGGAUACAAGGAAAAAGGUCCUGGUUGCGAAGGAGACGAUAUCAUCGCCAGCCGUCUACAAAUUCUUCCCUGAAAGAAAACGGUGACAGUCUCUGGGUACAAGACAUGUGAUCUAUAGGAGACUUAGUGCAUUACGGGAAAGAGGCCGGACUAAAAACAUCCUUUUUGUAUGGCGACUCACACCUGUUUUCUUCAUGUAUUUCCCUUUCCCAACAGUGGUAUUAAGUGGACCAUGCACAAACCAGUAGGGCUGCUGACUCGCUAUCCCAUGCAUAUUAACUGCUUAUCAGUUAAGUUUGAUGACCCAAGUCAUACAAAGUACAAAACAUGUUAUUUUUUAGAGAUUUAUUACAUUGCAGGAAAGCUUCAUUAAAGGCAGUGGACACUAUUGGUAAUUACUCAAAUUAAUUAUUAGCAUAAAUUCUUUAUUGGUAACG